AUGACUUCCUCUCAGAAACAAGUCCCCGUCACGCCCCAGCCCACCUCUACUCCCGCGCCGGUUGCAUCCCAACAUGGCCAGAACGGGCUCGUCGACCAAGCCGACCUUGACGACUGGAAAUCCCGCUUCAACGACGUGCUCUCUCGCCCCGGAGAGGUUCUCAAAUCCAAGUCACCAGAGACCGCUCAGCCCUGGUCCGCUGGCUUCUUCGACUGCUUCCACCCCAUUGACACUUGUUUCGUCACCUGCUGCCUGCCCUGCGUAGCCUUUGGCAAGACUCGCCACCGCCUUCGCAACAGCGGAAGUCUCGAUGAAUAUGGGGCCAUCAACACUUCUUGCCUGCUUUACUGCGGCGCCGCAAGCUUCGGUCUUCACUGGGUCCCCGUGGCCAUGCAGCGGAUGAACAUGCGCGAGAAGCACAAUUUGACCGGGUCGUGCCUCGAGGACAUCCUCACGUCGUGCUUCUGCUACUGCUGCAGCCUGGUCCAGCAGGACAAGGAGGCCGAGCAACGCGAGCAGCAGCUCCUAAGCUCUAGUCUUCAGCAGCAGUACAAGUCCAACGAUGAAAUGCAGUACGUCCCUAAGACUGCUCCAAAAGGGUUCAUCUGA